CGGAGAGGCGCCACCCCCACCCCAACGGGGUGGGCCGGACUAGUGAUGUACUGUUGGUUUUCCGGUCCAGGCCGCGCGCACGCACAUUCACGACGAGAAGUUGCGCAGCAGCCAGGCAAGUGGACGCCGGGCUUCACAGAGAACAUCCACUGGUCUCAGCGGCAGCAGAAGCAGCAGCGAUGCUGAUCGACAGAUGAUCUGACAUUGGAAGAAAACAUCAGACGCUGUCCCUGUCCGUCGGCGCCGACUAUGGGUUGUGCUUGUUGCAAGCAGAAGAAGUCGGCCAAACUGGAAGCGGCCGCCUUAACUGGCGCCUCCGGUGGCGCCAAUGCUUCGGUCCAGUCUCCUAGCAACGGCGACGGCACCUCAUCGGCGGGCCCACUGCAGGGGGGUUACUAUCCAGACCCCACGCAGGUCAUACCGGACUUCAACAAGGGAUUCUCCAGCGGCACCAUCUUCCCCAACUCCAACACGCAGCACUGGUCCACCGGAGUCACAAGCGUCGGCGUCACGCUCUUCAUCGCGCUCUACGACUACGACGCUCGCACCGAGGAUGACCUCACCUUCCAGAAGGGGGAGAAGUUUCAGAUCAUCAACAACACAGAGGGCGACUGGUGGGAGGCUCGUUCUUUGGACACGGGCAACGCCGGCUACAUCCCGUCCAACUACGUAGCUCCGGUCGACUCCAUACAAGCCGAGGAGUGGUAUUUCGGAAAGAUGGGGAGGAAGGAUGCGGAGAGACAACUGCUGGGACACGGCAACCAGAGGGGGACUUUUCUCAUCCGCGAGAGCGAGACCACCAAAGGCGCUUACUCGCUGUCCAUCCGCGACUGGGAUGACAACAAGGGGGACCACGUGAAGCAUUAUAAGAUCCGCAAACUGGACAAUGGCGGCUACUACAUCACCACCAGGUCUCAGUUUGACACCGUGCAGGAUCUAGUGGCGCACUACACAGAGCGAGCGGCGGGGCUGUGCUGCCGCCUGAUCGGCAGCUGCAAGCGCGGCAUGCCCAAGCUGGCCGACUUAUCGGUGAAGACCAAGGACAUGUGGGAGAUUCCCCGCGAAUCUCUGCAGCUGAUUAAAAAGCUGGGCAACGGCCAAUUUGGAGAAGUGUGGAUGGGCAUGUGGAAUGGCACCACCAAGGUUGCGGUGAAGACACUGAAGCCCGGCACCAUGUCCCCCGAGGCCUUCCUGGAGGAGGCUCAGAUCAUGAAGAGGCUGCGCCACGACAAGCUGGUGCAGCUCUACGCCGUGGUGUCCGAGGAGCCCAUCUACAUCAUCACUGAGUUCAUGAGCCAAGGAAGCUUGCUGGACUUCUUAAAAGACGGCGAGGGGCAAAACCUGAAGCUACCCCAGCUCGUUGACAUGGCGGCGCAGAUUGCGGCAGGGAUGGCCUACAUCGAGAGGAUGAACUACAUCCACAGAGACCUGCGCGCCGCUAACAUCCUCGUCGGGGACAACCUGGUGUGCAAAAUUGCCGACUUUGGCCUGGCCAGGCUCAUCGAGGACAACGAGUACACCGCCAGACAAGGGGCCAAGUUCCCCAUCAAAUGGACGGCGCCCGAAGCCGCGCUAUACGGACGCUUCACCAUAAAGUCGGACGUGUGGAGCUUCGGCAUCCUGCUCACCGAGCUCAUCACGAAGGGACGUGUGCCCUAUCCAGGCAUGAACAACCGCGAGGUGCUGGAGCAGGUAGAGCGAGGCUACCGGAUGGCCUGCGCUCCAGGCUGCCCCGCCUCGCUGCACGAGCUCAUGCUGCAGUGCUGGCGGCGCGAGGCCGACGAGAGGCACACCUUCGAGUACCUGCAGUCCUUCCUGGAGGAUUACUUUACCGCCACUGAGCCGCAGUACCAACCCGGCGAGAACCUGUGACCCCAUACAAAUACGACAACAAUAAAAACACGCACACAAAAGCAAAAUACAAAAUAUAACACCAACGCAGUCUUUUCUCGCAACCUUUCGGGACGGACGAGGAAGGCGCCUGGACCUCGGCUGAGCGGGCCCUGCAGUGAUGUUGCUUUACUCUGUAACCAUGACAACAAGGAAGGAGACGUCGAUGCUUGGAAAGGAAGGAUUUGACUUGGCAUAUGAUCCUCGCUUCUUUCUCUGCCACCAUAUAAUGUUUGUUCCACCCAUUCCAGCCUUUUUGCCAUUCAAAUAGCUUGACCGUCUGGUUUUGAUAGAACAAACAUUAUAAAGAUCUCUUAUGCGUUCUGUGUGUGUGUGUCUGUGUGUCUGUGUGCGUGCGUGUGUAUGUGUGUGAACAGAUUCAAACAGUAAAUCUCAAACGGGUCUUUAGAUAUAAAUUAAAUAAAUUAUUGUCGUGCCAGUGAAACAAAUAUAUGAAAUAACGUAUUUCUUCUUAUAUCCCGAAGUAGGUAUUGUAUCAGACAUCCUGGCAUAAAAUCUGGUAUCAGUUAUUCUAAAACCAUGUCAAAUAUUGUCCCCCCCCCCCACACCCACACACACUUUGUUCUAAAAAUAUACGUACAUAUAUAUUUUUUACCUUCAAUCGUGUGAAUAAGUCAGGAGAUGGUGAGGAAUGUGUUUCAUGUUUUGUAUGAGCUGUCUCUUUUAGUAGUUUUUAAUUUAACGCAUCACAAAGACGUCUAUAGCAACGUCGGCAUUUAUUCAUUCAUUCAUUGAGAGGGUAGGUUGAAUGAAAGCAUAAAAUUGAAAAUGUCAUAUUUCUGAACUUUUUUGUUGCUGUAGCCUUUCUUAUGUGGACUUUUACCCUGUCAUGUCUCCUGUAAUAAAGGUCAGAUAUUGUCCACAUA